AUGGCUACCGGUAGUGAAAAACUUGUAAUAUUUAAACGCAAACGAACAACGCUACGUAUCGCCAUUACGAAACUAACGACGAAAUUAAACGAUGCUGCUAGUACACAAACUGAAAAGGAAUACAACAUUGAACGUUUACAAGAUAAAAUUAAAGAAUUGACCUUGGCUGAUGAUGAAGUACAUAAUUUUUUAAAUGAUGAAGAAUAUCAGGAAGACAUAAUAGAAUGCGAAAGAUACACAGAAUAUGCUCAUUUGGCGUUAUUUAAUUUCAAAAGAACAGCGAAUCGGGACACGAAUUCAAUUUCUGAAACAUCGCCAACAGCUGCCAAUAUAAAUAAUUUCUCGGCUUCGCCUUCAAAUGUUACAGUAAAGUUGCCUACAAUAAAAAUAAAUACGUUUUACGGCGAAAUUGAAGAAUUCCAUAGUUUUUGGGAGCGUUUUGAAAACUGUAUCGACAAAAACGAUCGCUGA